AUGCUUCGUUCAAUCUUCUUCAUUCUUCUCAUCACAAUUCUUGCUGUAAAUUGUGCAGUUCUUCGAACUCGUCGACAAGUUAUUCACAAUUUGGUAAAUGAUAGAUUCUACGGUGGACCAACAAGUCUUGGAUGGGCUCAAGUUCCACAUAUUGCCAGUCCAAUGUAUUCACCAGUUUUCCUUGCAAGACAAUAACCAGCUGAUAGAUUAUAUUCUAAAAUUGUAAAUAUCUUGUACAUUAUCGUGUCAUAAUGAAUAAAUCAUUGUAUUUGAUGAAUUUUGUUUUCUCAAACCAGUCGGAUAUGAGUACGAUAUCAGUUUAUAUCGAGUUCAAAUAAUAAGAAUAUCAAAACGAUUAGAUUGAAGCUUAGGAAUUUUUGAGUUGAUUUUCAAGAAUCAUUCAAAUCGAGAAUCAACGAUCAAAAUUUGAUGAUGAUUUUUUGAUAAAAAUAUUCAACUCCAGAUUUUAUUACCAUUAUCAUAAAACACUUCAAAGAAGCGUCAAGACGCAUGGCAAAAUGAGCUUUUAUCAGAGAAUUUCUAAAAGAAAUUAUAAAAAAUCACGCGUUUUUAUUGAAAGUAUACAGUUGCGGAAAACCUGACAUAACUAAAUUUUACCCGAUACAAAAAGGUAAAAUUUUCUACCCAGAUCUCAUUUAAGUUGAUAAGAAAUUUGAACAUAAGUACUGAUUAUUUGUGCUCUAAGACUUUUGUUUCAUUUGUUUGUGCACAAAGAAUUUUUCUAUUAUUGACAAGGACUUUUUCACGGUUUCUUAUUCUUCUUCUCUUUUUUUUAUAAAAAUAAUAUUUAUUGAAAAAUGGAAAAAUCUAAUUGGUCAAUAUUUACGUUAACACGUGACACUUAGCUCGAAGAUCAUUUUCAAAAAUAUUAAAAUGUAAUACGAAGAUUAGGAACAUAUGUUUUUCAAAGAACUUGUGAACUACUAAAGUGUGACGCCAUUUUUCAUUCUGGAAAAUAUAUUCAGAAAAUUACGAAGGCUUCUCUAGAUAAGCUUUUGAUUUUUUGAAAUUUGAAAAACAAUUCUUCAUCUUAAUAAAUUUAAUAUUUUUUUCUCAUUGUAAAAAAUUUUCACAAACCAUUCUUCAAUUUAAUCGCAACAAUCACCAUGUGUCAAAUAUGCCAGACUGUAGUUCAUAUUUCGAAUCUCCUCCUUCUCUAUUUGAGACUCCACCUAUUCUUUUUUCACAUAAAUAUUUACCCGUCGGCCGGUGCAAGUUGAACUCCCAAUGUAUUCAUUUUCACAUUUAAGCUUCUUAUCAUCUUUUCGCUUGCUUGGAAUCUUUAUCAUUUUGUUAAAUAUAUAUUUGAUAGUUUUUUCAUUAUUUACGAACCACUUUUAUUUUCCCCGAUAACACGUGUUUCAUUUUGUGUGUUCAAUGAUUAUUUGAGUUACUGUAGGAAUUCAACUAGAAAUUUUCAGAUGACACGAAAAGAAGAUCAACUACCGGAGAGAUUGCAUAAUCAUGGCUUUCAAGAGAAAAUUUUGAUAAGGAACCUUUUGGCCGAAUUAUUUGGUACAUUUGCACUAGUUGUAAGUUUAUAUUUUUCCAAACUCAAAAAUAAUUUGAAAAAGGAUUGUGGUUCAAUUAUUUCAAAAAUUCAAAUAAAUUUUAUCUCAACAAUAUUUAAUAUAGUAAAACCCGAAAUUUUUACGAAAUCAACUUAAAAACAUACCAAACGUGGCAUUUUUCAUCGAGUCGUUCUUUGUUUCUGUUUGUUCGAAAACUUUAAAAUUGACUCAUACCUCUUGACUGAAGUGAUACCAGAUUAUGAACCCAAAUAUUUCCUUCGUGUUUUGGUGAGGUUUAGAGCACGUGGAGAUGACAAUCUAAAGCGGAUUAAAAAUUCCUAGUUAAAUUUUGAUGUGUGAUCAUAUUCCCUGAUUACAUCUGAAAGCUAGGACUGUUGAGGUACCUGACAAUUAAAAAAGCUAAUUGUAAAAUAAUUACAGUUUGUCGGUUUGGCAAUUGUGGCCCAAUUUCAUAUUGGACGAGGUGAUACAACACAAUGGAUUGGUGUUAAUAUUGGAUGGGGCUUUGCUAUUAUGUUCUCAGUAAUUGCAACUGCACAAACAUCAGGUACCAGAUUUUCAAAACCUCCUCUUACUUAUUCCGUAAUCAUUUUUAGGUGGCCAUUUGAAUCCAGCAGUUUCUCUUCUUCUUUGGUCAAUGGGACACUUGAAACUUUCAUGGUUUGUAUUAUAUUCGAUUGCUCAAACUAUUGGUGCAUUCUUGGGAGCCGCCGGAAUGUACGCUUAUUAUUAUGGUUAGAAAACUUUUAGUCCAACAAACAAUACAAAUUAAUUUUCAGAGAGAUUUGAUGCAUUUGAUGGAGGUAAUAGAACAAUUCUUGGAAGAUAUGGUACUGCUGGAUGUUUUGCAAGUUAUCCACACAAAGAUCUUGGUUAUUGGGGACCAUAUGUUGAUCAAACUGUUGGACCAGCUGUUUUGGCAUUUUUCGUAGCUGUUAUUAUCGAUGAACGUAAUAAAAUUCGCAAAGAAUGGCAUGCGAUGUUCUUUGGAUUUUUGGUAAUGAUGAUCGGAACCGGAUUUGGUAUGAAUAUUGGAUAUCCAAUUAAUCCAGCAAGAGAUCUCGGACCACGUCUUUUCUCAUAUUUCAUCUAUGGAUCAGGUGUUUUCCAUUCGCCAUAUUCACAAUAUUGGAUUGCUCCAGCUAUUGCGCCAUUUGCUGGAACUCUUAUUGGUGGUUGGUUCUAUCAUUUCACUUUGGGAAUGCAUUUACCUGACGUAGAAGAAGAACAUAAACCAGAGAACAGAAAAUUGUUAUCAGCAUAG